UGGAGCGCUAAGACUUCACUUCCGUGCGGUGGUCCCGCGCCGGCUCGACUUCUGAAAAUUCCCCGGUUUUCCGCUACGAGUCACGAACCUCCGCAGAUUCCAACAUGAAUUUGGGAUCCGACAGGAAAACCAGAGUUGCUGCAUCGGUCCCGUACCAGAGGUUCAUGGUGCGACCGAGAGAACCAGAGAAAGAGUUCUGUAAGCGCAAAGACGGCCGCCGCGACGAAGAACUAAGGCCCCGGAUUUUCGAAUCCGGCUUGGUCAGCGAUGCUUCUGGAUCGGGGUAUGUGGAACAAGGCAGCACCAAGGUCGUCGCCGCCGUUUUUGGCCCUCGAGAAGUCACCCGCCGGAAAGAGUUCUCGCUCAAAGCGCAACUGAGAUGUGUUUUCACGUUCGAACCUUUCGCGACCCCGGGGGGAAGACAGGAGAACAUCUCCCUGCUGGAACAGAGAUAUUCCUCUUGGCUUGAAGAGAGUCUCAAGCCUGUCGUGCAGCUAAGACGAUAUCCGAAAGCUUCAAUCGAUAUCAGGGUUACCUGUCUCGAAAACGAUGGCGGUGUCUUGGCGGCAGCUCUCACCGCCUGCGGAAUAGCGCUGGCUACCUCCGGCAUCGAAACUUUCGAUCUCGUCAUCGGAGUGAACCUCCGAGCUCACGGGGAUCGAGUCCUCAUGGACCCCAGUCAUGCAGAGGAGGACGCGGCGCCCUCGAGGGAAGGCACCUACGGAAACGUGACGCUCGGAUUCAUGCCGGUUUUGUGUCAGAUAACCGGACUCCUCCAAACGGGGGACUCGGAACCCGCGACUCUUUGUCAACAAAUAUCGUCGCUAAUUAAGAUUGCACACGGCGUUAAGCCUUUGAUGGAGGAGUGUCUGAUCGAUCUCGGUAAACUUCAAGAGAAACUCAGUGAAGUCCAGAUGUGAUCGCGGUUAAGGGAUCUGGAAAGAGGUGGUGUUCGAGCCGCAUCCAAACUUGUACAUAUUGUGCCGUCUGCCUGUCGAGAGCAUGAGCUCUUGGAGACCCGACUCAUCGAUUCAAAAUAAAUGUGGAGGUCUCAAACAAAUGUUCAAUAAAGCCGGA